AUGGCGUCCGCCAGGUUGUCGCCAACGGCGAAUUUGCUGCGCAAGUCGCGUCUUUUCUCCCUUCCUCAAUCCCUCAAGGCUCCUGUGGACCCAGCAUCCUCGCGAGCCGUUUCCGUUAACGAGUCCGCAACUCUGCCUCACCCCAUUCGAGCCGCCAUCGCUACCCCAUCAUCAUCACUCGCCCGCGGCGAUUGGGGUCUGAAGCGCCCUCUCCCUGCUAAGUCGACUUCAGACAAAUCCUCCAAGCCGGUUGUUAGACUCCACGCUCUCGACACAUACGAACAUGUCACCGACUUUGAAUCCGCCGCGGAUCACACGAUGACCCUCGAGAAGUUCCAGGAGCUUAACAUGCCCAUUUCUCUACCCUACAAGGUGCACUACUCAGCGAAGAGUGUCCCCAAACACGACAGUCCGUUCGAAUUGGACUUCGAUAACACCGAGACCAGCGAGGGUGUCAAUGCCAAGCGGUUCAGACAGACAGGCCCUUGGCUUGCUGGACAAACGGAGUCCGAAUUCCUUACGUACUUGGACCAAGUAACUUCAAGGAAGCCUGAGCUGCUGCAGAAGCUUCGUACUCAAUAUACCGCCCAGCGGAACGCCGAGCUUCGGAAACAGGCCCAGGACAACGGAGAGGACAUCUCAACUGAAACCGUCACAACCACCGACGCGGAGUUCGACACCUAUAUCAAGACCUUGCGCAAAGAUCCAAACGCCCUCGGCCUCAUCAUCUUCGACCUGCUGGACCUUGUCCCAUCUCCUGCUCUCCCCGCCGAACGUGUCGGGCAAGAGUUUUUCCAAGCUCCUGUGUCCAACAUGGCCUCCUCAGACUAUGCCACCUCAGGCCCCCUAAAACCCACCCCUCUGCCGUUCGGACCGCAGGCCGAAGCGCGCCCCGUCGAGGCACGAAUCCUGCGUCCCAAGGGCAAGUUCAAGGGCAAGCCAGGCCGUGGUAUUGGAUCUGUUGGCGGUAUCGCCGUGGAUGACUUGAACUUCACCUCCUUCCGAGGCGCAGACCAUCCUCCUGGCCUCCUUCACUUUGAUGCAUCUCUUCCGGGUGGUGGUAAAUACUGGGCGCGCCCCAUCCGCGCUCACGUCGAUUCCCAAGGUCGCAUUCGCAUAGCAUCCUACCGCGCCUCACCCGAGGAGAUGAUUCCUUACGGACUUAAAGAGUUCAAGAAGGAGAGCACCCUGACUAUCUCUGACGUUACCGAAGACAAUGCCAUGUCAGUUCCGCGGUUGGACAAGACAUCUCUGAGCCAACCCCGGUUCACGUCUUCCUCGUUGCGGCCGUCCAGUGCCCCGACUCAGGACAAAGAGGAUGUCGCCCGCAGCCUUCUUGACAAAAUCUCCAGGUGA